AUGUGGGUGACCUCCCUCCUUCAGCUGUCACUAGCAGCGCAAGCCCUCGCCUCGAUCGGCCCCGUCGCCGAUCUUCUCAUCACCAACACUCAGUUGUCCCCAGACGGCUUUGAGCGCGACACUGUGUCUGCUGCGAGCGUUUACCCUGGACCGCUUAUUACUGGAAAGAAGGGCGACAACUUCCGGAUCAAUGUCACUGAUCUGUUGACGGAUGGUAACAUGCUGAAAAGUACUUCGAUUCACUGGCAUGGCCUGUUUCAACACUCUACCAAUGAGCACGACGGUGUCUCUUUCGUGACUCAGUGCCCUAUCGCGCCGAGUCACUCUUUCUUGUACAACUUCACUGCUGCCGAUCAAGCGGGAACCUUCUGGUAUCACUCGCAUUUGUCCACUCAAUACUGCGACGGUUUGAGGGGUCCUCUUGUCAUCUAUGACCCAGAGGAUGCGCACGCAUCUCUGUACGAUGUCGACGAUGACUCCACUGUGAUUACUCUGUCAGAUUGGUAUCAUGUCUUUGCCCCCUCGGCGGGUCUUGUUCCUACUCCCGAUGCUACCUUGAUCAAUGGUUUGGGCCGCUACGUGGACGGUCCCUCUUCUCCGCUUGCCGUUGUGAAUGUCACGGCUGGGAAACGCUAUCGGCUCCGCCUUAUCAACAUGUCUUGCGAUCCUAACUACGUGUUUUCUAUCGACGGGCACAAUUUCACCGUCAUUGAAGCUGAUGGUAUCAGCACGCAGGCUGUUGUUGCUGACUCCGUCCACAUCUUCGCUAGUCAGCGCUAUUCUCUUGUCCUGGAAGCAAACCAGCCGGUAGCAAACUACUGGAUCCGUGCUCAACCCAACUUGGGCACGACUUCCUUCGAUGGUGGCCUUAACAUGGGCAUUCUUCGCUAUGUUGGUGCAGAGGACGCCGAUCCGACGACUAACCAGACCGACACCGUUAUUCCCCUCGUUGAGACUAAUCUUCACCCUCUCCAAAGCCUCGCCGUCCCUGGCACUCCCGAACGCGGCGGAGCUGAUAUCCUCAUCAACUUAGACGUUGUCUUCAACUUCACGCUUCUGCAGUUCACCGUCAAUGGCCAACCCUUCGCAUCGCCAUCUGUUCCUGUGCUGCUUCAGAUCCUGAGCGGCGCCUCAAAAGCGUCUGAUCUGUUGCCUGCUGGGUCUAUCUAUGGCCUGGAAACUGGGAAGUCCGUCGAAAUAUCUAUUCCCGGAGGCGCUGUAGGAGGUGGUCAUCCUAUCCAUUUGCACGGUCACGCGUUCGACGUUAUUCGCAGCGCUGGCAGUGAUACCUACAACUACGUCAACCCUGUACGCCGCGACACUGUCAACAUUGGCACCACUGGUGACAACGUCACGAUCCGUUUCCAAACCGAUAAUCCCGGACCUUGGUUCAUUCAUUGCCACAUCGACUGGCAUCUCGAGGCCGGGUUUGCUGUCGUCAUGGCUGAAGGCAUUGAGGAGACGAACACCACUAACAUCGUUCCCGCUGAUUGGAGCACCCUCUGCCCUGUCUACGAUGCUCUUGAUGCUUCCGAUCACUAG